AUGAAGGAUGAUAUUAUGAAAUUCAUGCAAGAGUUUCAUGAUAAUGGUGUAUUGGGUAAUGGAAUCAAUUGUUCUUUUGUGACCCUCGUUCCCAAGAUAGUUAGUCCAGAAGCAAUUACAGACUUUAGACCUAUCAGCCUAAUCAGUUCAGUCUAUAAAGUGGUGGCUAAAGUUUUGGCCAACAGGUUGAAAUUAGUGUUGCCAAAAAUCAUUGAUAGAGUCCAAUCAGCAUUCUUAAGUGGUAGGAAUAUCAUGGAUGGUGUUCUUGUUGCAAAUGAGAUUGUGGACUGGUGGAAGAAGACUAACAGAAAGGGGCUAAUCAUUAAGUUGGAUUUCGAAAAAGCCUAUGACACUGUUAACUGGAAUUUCCUUCUUCAAAUGUUAGAGAAUUUUGGUUUUGGACCUACCUGGACCAAAUGGAUAAAGGAAUGCAUUUCUUCUGCUAGAGUGUCAAUUCUUGUUAAUGGAUCACCAUCACUAGAGUUUUGCCCUCAAAAAGGUUUAAGGCAAGGUGAUCCUUUAUCCCCUUUCUUGUUUAAUGUUGUAGCUGAGGGUCUGAAUAUACUCAUAUCAAGAGCUAAAGAUAUGGGUAUGUUUAGAGGUAUAUCUGUAGGUGCCAAUGGGUUGAAUAUAUCUCACUUACAAGUUGCUGAUGAUACAGUGCUGUUUUGUGAGGCUGAAGGGUCACAAAUUUUGGCUAUAAAAAGAAUCCUUAGGUGUUUUGAAGUAAUUUUAGGACUAAGGAUCAAUUUUGCCAAAAGUGUUGUGUGUGGGGUGGGUGUGGCAGAAGUGGAGGUUGAUGAGUUUGCAAGGAAAUUGAAUUGUCUAAGCACGAAAUUACCAUUGAAGUAUCUAGGAUUACCACUGGGAGCCAGCCCUAGCAGGAGCUUGACUUGGAGGCCAGUUGUAGAGUAUUUCAAGAAAAAGUUAACUGGGUGGAAGAGAAGAGUGUUAUCUUUUGCUGGUAGAGUCACACUCAUUAAGUCCGUGUUGUCUGCUUUACCUGUGUAUUACAUGUCUCUUUUUAAAAUACCUGUGUGUGUUGCAAAAGAGAUGGAUAGGAUUCAAGCAUCAUUUUUGUGGGGCGACUCUGAGCGUAGCAGCAAGUUGCAUUUAGUCAGGUGGAAUGAAGUGUGCAUGAGUGUGAAACAAGGAGGGCUGGGGAUCAAAAACAUCAGCUUAGCCAACGAUAGUUUGCUUUUAAAAUGGUGGUGGAGAUAUGGGCAAGAGGAUGAGGCACUAUGGAAGAUGGUUAUUUGCGAAAAGUAUGGUUCAGUUGGGAUUUGGAAAGACAUCUUAUCAGUGGCCCAGAGGAAUGGCAGUAUUCUCCAAUUUUACAAGGAUAAUGUGGAAAUCUUAAUAGGUAAUGGGCAAAGAAUUAGUUUCUGGAGAGACAAUUGGUUGGGUUCAACAAAUCUUUUAUGCCAAUUUCCUAGAUUAUUCCAGUUGGUUAUUGAUAAAGAGAUUUCCUUGAAUGUUCAGGUAGCCAGAAGAGAUAGUCAAUCUAGGUGGUUUUUCAAUUUCAAAAGACCACUUCGGGCUUGGGAAGAAGGCGAGUUGGUCAGAUUAACCACUGCUCUGGGGUCAGGCCCUCUUCUAAGAAGUGAUGUAGCUGACAGUUUGGGUUGGAAGGCUGCUCAGCCAGGUAUUUUUAAGGUUAAUGCUGUUUAUGCUUGGGGUAUGCUCAAUGAUGGUCCUACUCACAGAUCAGUUGAUCUUAUCUGGAAUAAUUUUUCCCCACCUAAAGCAAAAAUUUUUUCUUGGUUAGCUUGGAGAGGAAGACUGAAAACCAAAGAUUUGCUUCAUAGGUUUGGAAUUCUAGAGGGGGAAGAAGUCCUUAAUUGUAUAUUCUGUCAUGAGGUCAGAGAAUCUCUUGACCAUGUUAUGCUUCAUUGUUCUUUUACUUGGAAAAUUUGGUCUGCUAUUAUCGAUUGGUGGGGUAUUCAAUGGGUUAUUCCCAAAUCCAUAGAUGGUCUUUUAAUCUGGUGGAUGGGUUGGAAGUUUAGGAAAAAAGUAAAUCUGGUGUGGAAGACCCUUCCAGCAGCAGUGUUGUGGUCUGUGUGGAGUUAUAGAAAUAAGUGUGUGUUUAAGGCAGUCCAACCCAAUUUUCAGGCCCUGUGUGAAUGUAUCAAGGUGAGGUUAGCAAUUUGGAUAAGAUCUCAGUUCAGGGAUGCUUCAUUUUCAGUCAAUGAUGUCGUGUUUAAUUUUUCACAAGUCAGUUGUGUUGUUAGUCAGCUUUGUGAAUUGGCCAUUGUUGCUGCACAAUUCUGGUUUUGGCUGCAUAAUUCUGUGCUGCUAGUUGGCUAUAAAAUUCUGUUCUUCACUGAUGUUAGCUGGCUGCUAAUGGAGUAUUCAACAAUUUGCUGGAAGGAUUGCUUCCCUUCUUCUGAACAGUUGGCUGAUGUUGAUCUGUCUGGGCAUUUUGUUCUAACGGUUGCUGUCUGGGCAGUUUGGAUUUGGGUUGCACUAGGAGAGUGCAACAGUUUUGGGCCACAAAAGUUUUAUAGAAGUCUUGGCUUGGGUUUGCUGCUGAUUUUUAGUAGUCAUGAAGCAUUAAUUAAAUGGGCUUCUGACGUUGGGAAGGAGACUGGAUUUGUCAUUGUUAUAAAGACAUCAGAUGCGGGAGAUUUUAUGGGUAUUCGUGCACUUGAUAUUUUUAUGGAUAAUUUUACGGAUACUUUUUAUUCAGAAGAUGGUGGAGUUCUUGCAGAGUUCAGUGGGAAUUAUUCAUAG